UCUCUUCUGGAAUCUGUCAGGAAGCAAAAGAUUUUCACGACGACGAGGAGUACAAAAUAAUCGAAGGAAGUUUUAUCCUGAUUUUACCUAUAGCGUGGGAAUUCCCACAUUUAAAUAUUUUAUUUCCGGAAGGUGCGAGCUUCAUCUAUCGAAAGCGGAAUCGUGAUUUGUCACUGGGCAGCUAAGAAUUUGCAUGCGUCCGUUCUGUACCUGUACGGAAAAAACACUGGAAAGGAUGUGAAGUAGAAUUCGAACCCGAAGUGGAGAUUUUAUUAAUCUUUUUUAUCGGCAAUAUAUUUAAUCCUUUUUAAUUUGCAACCAUGGAGGUUAUGACGACAGAUCUGGAUCGGUGGGUGGAGAUCGCCAAAGACUGCAAGUAUCUGCCCGAGAACGAAUGCUUGAAACUGAUUGACUUCUGUCACGACAUCAUGGUCGAAGAGGCCAACGUCCUGGAUGUGCAGACUCCGGUUACGGUGUGUGGUGAUAUUCAUGGACAGUUCUACGACCUGGAGGAGCUCUUCCGUACAGGCGGACAGGUGCCCCACACCAAAUACAUUUUCAUGGGUGACUUCGUCGAUCGUGGCUACUACUCACUGGAGACCUUGACCCGCCUGCUUACCCUCAAAGCUCGUUUCCCCACCAGGAUUUAUUUAUUAAGAGGCAACCAUGAGAGUCGGCAAAUCACUCAGGUUUAUGGAUUUUAUGAUGAAUGUUUGAGCAAAUACGGCAACGCGAAUGCCUGGAAAGCCUUCUGCAAACUGUUCGACGUGAUGGCCAUCGCGGCCCUAAUCGACAACACCGUCCUGUGCGUGCACGGCGGUCUGUCCCCGGACAUCACCACCCUCGACCAAAUCCGCACCAUUGAGCGCAACAUUGAGAUUCCGCACAAGGGCGCCUUCUGUGAUCUAGUCUGGUCGGACCCGGAUGAAGUGGACUCGUGGGCCACGUCACCGCGGGGCGCCGGCUGGCUGUUCGGGCCCAAGGUCCUCAAGGAGUUCAUGGAGAUCAACAAGCUGGACCUGUUGGCGCGCGCCCACCAACUGGUGCAGGAGGGCAUCAAGUACGUGUUCAACAACCAGCUGGUGACGGUGUGGUCGGCGCCCAACUACUGCUACCGGUGCGGCAAUGUGGCGGCCAUCCUGGAGUUCAAUACGGCCAUGGAGCGGAACGCCAAGAUCUUCCACGCCGUGGCCGAUAAUCUGCGGACGGUGCCGCCGCGGCAGAUCACGCCGUAUUUCCUGUAGAGGCCGGCGGGGGCGGUGGUGCAUCGUGAUUGCAUGUCGAACAUACCAUGUUUCCUUUUUUUUUGUUUUUUCUGUUAGAAGUGUUAUUUGUGGCAGCCGGUGGAUGCUGCUUUGAAAAAUGUUUUUUGAUUCCGGUUUUCGACGGGGCGCAGCGCGCGCGCGGAGCUUCUUGUUUUUAAUUUGGUGUUUUUUCAGUGACGUGGCCGUAUUGUAUUUAUUUAUUUUGAGAUUGAUCAUUUUACUCGAUGAUUUUUUGCAAGUGCGAUUGAAGGUUUUUCAGA